AGAGCCCCUCCACUGGCUGGUAUCUAAAGGGGCUGUGAGAAAGGAGAUGGGCUCUUAGAGUCUGUGUGAUGGGACAAGGGGAAAUGGCUUCCGGGUAACAGAGAGGAGGCUGAGACUGGAUGUAAGGGAAGAGAGAGAUGGUGGUCUGUGGAUUUCAGGCACGCUCUCUGUUUUGGAAGCGGCCCAAAAUGGCUCUUGAGGACCAUCAGCCGCAGCUGCCGGUGUGGGUUGAUGAAGCAACACAGUAUCCUGAACUAGUUUUGUGUGUUGGAAAAAUAACCUUUGGUGAGAAAGCAAGAAAAAAGAUGCCAAAAAAUUCGAAACAAGAUCAAAAACACAUCCUUGCCUCUGCAGUGUGUGCCUUGCUAAACUGUGGAGGAGGUGUGGUAAAAGCAGAGAUAGAAAAUGAAAACUACGACUUACAGAGAGAUUAUAUUGGGCUGGAUUUACAAGACAUUUUUCGUUCUCUUCUUUUAUUUCCGGAUUUGACAAAAUACCUGGACUUUAAACAGCAGGAUAACAACCUUUUGAUUUUUAUUAAAACAUGGAACAGCGAAAAGAUGUCCUCAAUCUCUAGCUCUGCAAAGCCACGUAUCUGUAGCCUCAGUACUGGGUUGUACACAAGAAGUGGUGCUUCUCUUUCCCACAUGACCCCUACUGAAGCUUUGAUUUUCCUUGAAGAAAAGCAAAAUAAAGCUAGGGCAGAACAUAGCACAGGACCACCUGCUAAAAAAAGGAAGACAAUGGCUGCUGAUGAAGACAUGCAUAUUGUAAAUAACACUGUUGCUGAAUUGUUUAAUAGGGACCAACUGCAGUGUGGAGAGACAUUGAAUUUCACGGAGUCAGGGAACAUAGAAUUUAAGCAUUUCUCCACUGAGAAGUUUUUCACUCGUGUUAAAGAGAUAUUGCCUCAGUACAUCUCUGGAUUUGCAAAUGCACGUGGCGGGUAUUUGUGGAUUGGUGUGGAUGAUAACAGGGUUGUACAGGGAUUCAAAAGUGAUGAUGAGGGCCUAAAAAAUUUAAGAAACCUAAUUAAUUAUGUUCAUCAGGAAAAAUUAACCAUCUUCCAUUUCUGCAAACAAGAAUGUGAACACCAGAUAAGGCGUGAACACAAAAUCUUCAAAGUGUAUAAUGAGGCUGUAGAGCACUAUGGCUAUGUCUGUGCUGUGAAGGUUGAGCCAUUUACUUGUGCAGUGUUUGCAGAAGAUCCGCAGUCAUGGCUGUUCGACGGAGGCACUAUCAGGAGACUGAAAGGAAAUGAAUGGGCUGCGUGGAUGACCUCUGCUGAUCCAGAUCUGUCACAACUUUCUGAGAACUUUAAGCUGGAGCUCAGUGUGACAGGGGGGCCGCCCUGUGCCAAGUCAGUUUACUCACACCGGGGCCUUAACAGCCUGGAUGAUCUCUGUGAGCAACUGUUUCCAGUGAAAUCCCACAGCCUAAUAUAUACUCCAGAAAAACUCAGUAAAGAUCUCUUCCAAGAGCACCCGGGGCUGAAGAGUUUAAUGGAUGAACAUCUGAAGGAGUUCUGUUCUGAAGGAGUUUCUGAAGGAGUUGUGAUAUUUUCCAGAAGCUGGGCUGUUGAGGUUGGCCUGUCAGAAAACCAAGACAUAAUCUGUGACGCCCUCCUAGUAGCCAACGGCAGGCCACCUAUCCUCUAUACAGUAGGUGAACAUCUCUCUGAGGGUUUAUUUCAGUACUCACGACGCACAGCCUGGAGGCUGAAGGAGAAAUUAGUCAACACUGGAGGUUAUACUCACAAACUGUGUGUAAUACCAAAGCUACUGACUUUGCCUCUCAGCUCUAACUAUGGAGAAGAAUGGGAUCUGAAUGUUCAAAAACUGUAUCCUCAGAACUACGGCUCAAUCGACAGCGUCAGCUUGAAAAACCUCUUGCAUUCUCUCAUCAUAGUUUUGCUGAAUUUCAAAUCUUUCUUGAGUGACUCUGUUGGCUUUGAGUUUUUGAACCUCUUGACCAUUGAACAAUUCCAGCUACUGUCAGAAAAUCUCCACAAAACUAAGAAGCUGUAUGUUUACGGUCUACCAGGAACAGGAAAAACUAUUGUGGCCCUCAAACUCAUAGAGAAAAUAAGAAAUAUGUUUAAAUGCAAACAACAGGAGGUUCUUUACAUAUGUGAGAACAACCCUCUGAAAGAUUUUGUGAGAAAGAAGAACAUCUGCCAAGCUGUGACAAGAGUAACCUUUUUGAAGAACGAUUAUAGUUACGUGAAGCACAUAAUAAUUGAUGAAGCACAGAAUUUCCGAGAUGAGGAUGGUGAUUGGUAUGGAAAGGCAUUGGCUUUGACUUCACCAGAGCACUCUGAGCCUGGCUUUCUGUGGAUUUUCUUGGACUACUUGCAGACAACUCACUGCUUCUCCACUGGUCUUCCACCACCAAUACAGCAUGAUCCUGUGGAGAUGCUAAACAAGGUGGUUCGUAAUGCUAGCAGUAUCUAUUGCAAUCUAAAGGACAUAAUGGAAAAGAUUGUAGAGAAUCCUGCAAUCGGUAUCCUGCAAGCACGUUUACGGAGGUUGGUACGUACAGCCACAUGUGCUCAUGGUGUCAAAGGCUACUUUAAAAGAGUACGUAAGAAAAACCGCUAUGAAAUAGCAGAGUAUGUGGCAAAGCAUUGUCAUCAUUAUCUUAGAAGUGGUUACUCUGAGAAAGAUAUAGCUAUUCUGUGCUACAACACUGCCGAAGUAAUGAGGCACAGCAGAAUACUGAGAGAAGCAUUGAGGAUAUCAAAAAUAUUACCAAGACAAAUGGGUGAAGGGCUAGAGGAGUACACCAUUCUAGACAGCUUCCGUCGUUUCUCUGGCUUAGAAAGAAAGAUUGUGUUUGCUAUUAUUCCUGAUCCCCUUCCCAACCAUCAUGAGGUUUUAAAUAAUAUAUUAGUAUCUGUAGCAUCCAGGGCUAAUUUAAACAUGCACUUGUUAUUUGAGCUUUCGUGCACAGAAACAGCUCACUGUAGUACCAUUAGUACUGCUCGGAUACAAAUCCGGAGACAUUGGCAAUUCAGAACUUUAAGCUCUUUUAUAUUAUCUGUAGCAUCCUGGGCUAAUUUAAACAUGCACUUGUUAUAUGAGCAUUGGUACAAAGAAAAAGCUCACUGUAGUACUGCUCUGAUAGAAAUCUACUGCAUAGCUCAGGAACUCAAAAUUGUAAUCUUAUUUCUUAGGUACCUAAGGAAGUACUUUCUUAGCCACCUAAUGGAGUAGAAAAUGAAGCCUUCUGUCCAUGUUUUAACUACUAUACACAGAAAUAGCAUUUACGAGAGACCUUCCCACUCAACUUCAGCAAAUCACUAUGAGUUAGAACCACCUAGUUGUAUCAGCUUUGCAUUACUGACCUUAGGUAUCAGUAGCACUUCUGUCUUGGUUUCAGACAUGCCAGUUAGGCAAAACUCUUAAAUGCAAAAUCCUUUCAAAGAGCAGAUCCAAAAUUCCUAAAACUGGAUAUCCAAAAUUGAAGGCUGGUUGAAAACAAGCCACGGACCUCCAUGUUGUUUUCCACUAUAGAAUGGCCUGUGGCUCAGCUGGUUUGGAAGAAGAAUCUAAUACUCUCCCUUUAUGCUUACAAGACACCAAUGAUUAUACUGGAUAUAGUUAAAAUAAGACAUAGUACCCGUCUGGAUCAGCCUUGGAGUAAACUUGCCUCAGGCUGUCAAAUCUGUUAGCGCAAACAUUCUUGCUUCUCUUACUUCUGGAAGCUGGAGGCAUCUUCCUUUUUUCCUUAGCCAUUAACUAGUAGUCAUUAACUAGGGAAGACUAUCUGCACGAUUCCCUUCUUGUCCUCCACACGUCAAUCAUUUAAUCAUGCCCUGCUGAUCACAGGAAUGUCACUAACACUCACUACGAUCGGAAAUAUUUUAAUGUGCUUUCAGAUCACUGCAGAAUAUCAUAUUUCCUGUGCACUUAGAUUUCUGUUCUGCUGCAGACUAAAGCAAGUCUUUUAUUUGUGUUAUGCAUAGCAUGCAUAGAGAAUCUAUUGAUAGGAAUGCAGAUAUUUAUACAAUAAAAUUGCAGUGUGGUUGCCAACUGGUGGCUGCUUGUUCUUCCUUCAUCAGAUGUUUUCAGUAUUCCCUGUUGGGCCCUCUGUGUGUUUCUGGUGUGAACCUCAGCUUACGUCAUCAGUGCUGCCUCUUCAUCUAGCUGAUUUUCACAUCUUUGCACAUUUGAUAUUUUGAAACUGGUGUGAAUUAGCUUGUGCCACAAACUGGUUAUUCUAGGUUGCUCUGUGUUUUGUAACUUUGCAACUGAGUAUUGCCCUCGACCAUUUGCUUGAUUAAAGCAAAGCAGCAGAG